UAUACCCAGAAAGAGAAGCAUCCUGCUCCUGAAACACCGUUAUAUUAAGUCCCGAACGAUCGAUACGUGUUCAACAUUGAGGCUUGACUUAAAAAUCAUGUCCGCCCUAGGAACGUACAAAUUCAAAACAGGACUUGGAGUCCGCAGUAUAGAGAAGCAACUGCAAAAUACUAUACACACGGGAACCUUACGGACAGACGAAGACCUCACGCUCUGUUGGGUGAAGAUUAACACGGGCUUCGAAAAAAUACUUGCGGGUGGACCUUCAAUAUCCGAAAUUCCAAGUAUUAUACGCCUGCAAAUUGGAUACUACGAAUUGGUCCUCACACCGACCAUGCUUUCACACCUAGAAUCCAAGUGUAAGAUUGCGACAGACUACGAUCCAUUCAAACCCAUAAGCGGCAGCUGCAUCUAUGGUUUUCAAGAGGCCAGAAACAGGAAAGGCAGACAGUUUUUAGAACGCUGCCAGUUUCAUGCGCCGCAUGUGAAGCAGGUGUAUGAUUCAUAUAUCACGAGACGAAAAGAAAGCGAAGCCUGGUGGAAAUUCAAGUUUCCUCUUUCCUGGAAUUGACGAGUGCUAUCCGUAGAAUAAUAAUUCCAGAUCUCUACUUAAU